AUGGUAGGCAACAAGACGCACCACCACGCCUCCUCCUCCCUCCUGCUGGAGGAGCUCAACCUCUUGCAGAAUGCCAGGUGCUCCCCUGACGACGGCAACGGCGUCGUCCAUAAUGGUGGAGGAGGAGGACGGGGCGCGCUCGGGCAGUGGAAGUGCCGGCUGCUGGACUCCCUCCGGCCCCGGCGCCCGCGCUGCGUCGUGUGCCUCCAGGUGCAGCACGUCACGGGCAUGCCCCCCGCCGCCGAGGGCCGCGGCGUGGUGGUCGGGUGGAGGAGCAAGGGCGGCGAGGGCGAGCACACGGCGCCCGCGCGGGUGUCGCGCGGCGGCGCGGCCGCGUUCGACGAGGUGUUCCUGCACUACUUCACCGCCGGCGGCUCCACGCUGCGGAGCUUCACCGUGUGGGCGGUGCUCGUGGACGAGGGCUCGGCUCCCGGGGACGGGGACAUCGGCGCGUUCCCGGUGGACCUCGCCGAGGCCGCCGCGGCCAAGAGCUCGCACCCGCAGUUCGGCGGCAAGGCGCUCAGCUUCCCGCUCGGCGGGGCGGCCGCCGGCGCCGUGCUCACGGUGAGCGUCUACUGCAGAGUGAUGGAGCAGGAGGAGGUCCAUGGCGCCAACGGGCAUGCGCGGGAGAGGAAGAACAAGGGAAAGAGCGCCUCGUACGCGUCGUGCCUGCCGGACCUGAGCUGCCUCCGGACCCGGCCGUCGGCGGCGGCGGGGGCGCCACGGCGGGCGACGUCGCUGCGGUCGGAGCGGGGCGGGUUCAUCACGAUCGAGAACUCGGUGGCGGAGAUGGAGGAGGAGGAGGGGUUCAUCACGAUGGAGAAGAGCACGGUGUCGUCGCGGUCUAGGCGGGCGGCGCUGGCGCUGGAGGCGCUGGCGGCGGCGGAGGAGGAGGAGGCGGAGGACGAGAAGCCGUGCCUGUUCAUGGAGCUGUCGUCGUCGUCGGGGGAGGCGUCGGCGCUGGAGGUGGAGGGGGUGGAGGAGGAGUUCCUGGCGAUGCUGGAGGACAAGUACUGGGCGGAGAUGGCGCGGAGCAAGGAGAUCGAGAAGGGGCUGAGCGUGAGCCUGGACGCCGGCCUGGACCUGGGGCUGGACCUGGACACGCUGAUCCGGGACGCCGAGACGGAGCUGGCCCGGGCCGAACAGGCGUGGAGGAGCAAGGUCGGCGCCGCCAUCGUCGAGGAGGAGGAGUACAAGGAGCUGCUCCGGCGAUGGGGCAGCGGCGCCGCCAGGGACCGGGACAGGGACAGGGAGCAGCACGCCCUCACCACCUCCAGCUCCGGCUGCUCCUGGGGCUUCGGCUUCGGCAGCCCCAUCUAG